AUGAGCAUGGUUAUCAUCCACCACUCCUGCCGUGAAAUCGGGCGGCGCUGCAGACCUUCUUUCCGGCUCUCCCACAAUUCACGACAGGCCUGGAGCAUAACGAGUAGGCAACAGUCCGGAGCAGCCACAUCUCAGCCAUCAGCCGAAGCGCAAUAUGAUUCGGUGCAGGACUACGAAGACGCAGUGGUCGCGGCACAGGACGGGCCACGCGGUCCAAGUCCAACAGCCUCUCACCCGUGGCACGCUGUGUCUUCGAAGCAAGUAAGGGCUAGCCCAAGCACGGACAAGGUCGAUGUGGCAAAUGCAACCCAGAGUGCAAAACUUGCCAAGCAGGGCCGAGGAACCGCAAAGACGACCGUUACCUUCCAUCAAAGCAGUAAGCAACUUGCAACUCUACCUCCAGAUCCCCAGAGCGCUGCGCGGAAAUCAAAGCCCCUCGCACCAAAAAUAGUCGGCGGCGUCCUCGGAAUUGAGACAGGCCACGGACGGGUGACUCUGCCCGGAAGCUGGCUCCGUGAUGUGUGCUCCUGUGCAUCUUGUCGUCAUCCAGAUACAGCGCAGAGACAGAUCAACGUAUUUCGUAAUCCUUCCGCAGCCAAGAUAGAAAAGACGGAUCUUUCGCAGUGGCCCGAUCGACUAUCUGUCACUUUUGCCGAUGGCCAUGAAACUACGAUCGCAGGCUCUUACUUCCUCGAUAGAACUGCCCGCCAGAAGAUGCACGAUCGGCGUGGCAUUAUACAGGUGCAGACAUGGGAUAGUUCUAUAGAGAAGGAUCCACCGAUAGUGCCGUACUCCGAUGUCAGCACUGAUGCAGGCAUGUCCGUUCUAAUGCUCAAGAUCCGUCAACGAGGUUUCUGCUUCAUAGACGACAUGCCGCCCACACCAGAAGCAACACAAGCCCUUCUCGACAGCAUAGGCCCCAUACGCAACACCCACUACGGCGGCUUCUACGACUUCACCUCAGACCUCUCCUUGAAAGAUACAGCCUACACGAGCGAAGCCCUGGAGCCGCACACAGAUAACACCUACUUCACCGAACCAGCCGGCCUCCAAGCUCUACAUCUUCUCUCACAUACCAAUGGCUCUGGCGGUGAAAGUAGUCUCGUAGACGGCUUCGCAGCCGCGAAUCAACUGCGUCAAGAUGACCCAAUGGCGUACCUUAUGCUGAGUGUCAUCGGCGUCCAUGCCCACGCGAGUGGGAACGAGGGUAUCUCCAUCCAACCCGCCGAACCCUACCCAGCUCUAAACCACAGCAACGAAACGAAUCGACUAAUGCAAGUACGAUGGAACAACGCCGAUCGUGCCGGCAUCACGGCUUCGUGGCAGAAAGUCGAGGCUUGGUACAACGCCGCUGCGAAAUUCGACGCGAUAUUGAAUGACAAGAAGAAUCAGUACUGGUUUCAAUUAAAGCCUGGCCGGAUGCUGAUAUUUGAUAAUUGGAGAUGCUUGCAUGGCCGAGCGGCUUUCACGGGCAAGCGGAGGAUGUGUGGUGGGUAUAUUAAUCGGGAUGAUUUCAUCUCGAAGUUUCGGGCGACGAAGUUCAGUAGGGAGGAGGUUAAGGGGAGUACGGUGACUGGAUGA